GACCUACGGAGAUCCAUGGAUAUACUUCAAUCUCUCAGGCAAACACUGAAGGGACUCGGCGACGGUGACCCAGUUGUGACCCGGAUACUCAACAAGCUGGACGAGAUACAGCAGGGCGGACGUGCUGAUUGGCCGUCGUUCCGCGACGAUCUCGAAGUGCUCAAGCAAAGGGGACUAUGGAAAGAGACGGAGGAUAGAGAAAAACUCCUAGGACAGCUGGAAGCGAUGCUGACCUCUAAGGCAUCUCCAGUGGAUGGCUCUCGCUAUACAAUUGUUCACCCUCCAGCUGCUUCUUCCUCUCUUGCUGCAACGCAGCAUCUGGUAAACAAAACAGUUCUUCCACUGGAGCUCGUUGACUCUGCGAAUCAAGUUUUCUUCCUGCACCUACUUGCCACCGAUCCCUCUAAAGUGCUACCUCCCGGGAAAUCGUUACUCUCGGUUCUGUCCCGGCCACGAACGCAGCAUACAAACGAGGAGGAGCCCACGCUGGAGGAUCGAGUCACAGUCGCCGCGCACAAGGCGUUCUGGGACGAGGCACGCGCUGCGUUAUCCGAUCCUCUACCUUCUAUCCAGUUGGCACGGAUACGAGGAUUGUACAAAGACGUACACGACACCAUCAAUCCCCUCGUUCCUCCAAACCACCCAGUUCUCACCACGCUCAGCUUCCCGCCUUCUCCCACCUCGUCACCGCUCACGAGCACGGCCAUGCACCUACGCGAGGUUCUUCUCGCCCUCCGCGGGCGAUGUGCGCCGGCGCGGGACGCCUCCAUCGAUGCCCUCCUCGAUACCUUGGACAACCUACCUCCCCCAUCAGACCUUUCUGCGUUAGCGGAUGCCAUCGUGAAUACCACGCGCGAUAUACUGAAACUGGCGGACGUCAUGAAAGACGACUUAUCGCAGUUCGUCCUCGGAACCAUGUCAGAGAGUGAUCUAUCUGCGAUCAUCACCACCCAGGCGAAGAUGCGGGAGAGGAAUUUUGUCCUAGACCACUGGCCUAUUGAGACGACUCGGACACGAUGGAACGACUGGCUGAUGAGCGAAACAGACGGACCCGAGGGCAAGCGCUGGAUUCGGAAAUUGGUCCAGGCGUUGCUCGCUAACGUGCCUGUCUCCUGCGUAUUUCCUGGUACCAUCUCGCCGUUGUCCACUUCAACCAGCCCAGAGCAAGGCCACACGAACGAACUCCCGCCUCCCUUCUUCUUCGACACACCAUCCCUUCUCUACGUCCAGAAUUUUCUUCAGGCACUGGUCAUAGCCGCAUCCCUGCGUGCCCUCACUCGCCUGUCAGCCGACACGGGCAGCGAGUUCAUGCAGCGCAUCUGGGCCCUUCUGAAAGCUGAGAUCGAUGGCGAGCCCCAGGCGGAAGGAACCAAGCUCAUCAACCUAGCUGAUGAAGUCUACCGCGCGAGGAAAUCCGUCGAGCCGACCUUGGACGCUGACGCGGAAUCGAAGCUGCGCGAUGCUGUUGACAGGACACUCAGGCCAAACGACCCGGUGUUCCUGCUCCUGCAGAAGCGGUUGGCGGAGGCGCUCAGUAGGAGGUUGGAGGAGGAAGACGACCGGAGUCCGGACCCAGUGGUGCCGGAGCGGAUGCAGAGCGGCUUGGGUGCAGAGCGGCCGGGGAAGAGGCCACGGGUCGGGAUGCAGGCGGCGCAGGUAUUUCAUACGGAGAAGGGCGAGCGAGAGGCGAAGCUGCUGGUGGUGAAGGGUUUCGAGGAUCCGAUGUUGGCGAGAGAGAUUGCGCAGGCGUUGUCGAAAAUCAGGGGAUGCACAUGUUGGGUCAGAACCGUUUGGGAAGGCGUCGUAGAAUUCGGUUAAUGGGUUGACUGCAGUAUUUGACGACUUCGAAGCUUAGGCGCGAGCGGGCAGGCCUUUGAUCCUGCCGCCUGCAGGUCAAACUGGCGAUCAUGGUCAAGCAGUCUUUCGACGGGUUGGCGGGCAUGAAGUAUACCAGCGCGGUCCUAUGUUGCUUGCAGGAUGCGGCAGUUCAGCAAAAGGACGAACGCGAUACGCGAGAAAUGUUUUGCGAUCAGGUUUUGCGAGUCAUGAAACAGAUAGAUGU